GGGGGUGGUUGGUGUCGUGUGCGGCAAUGGCGACCCUGUCGGACUCCGCGGGCGGUGGCGGCGGUGGCCGGGCGGGCGCCGAGCUGAUGGUGCCGCAGUUCCACCUCAAGGCGCUGCACGCCAUCCUCGCCGUGCGCGCGCCGCGGCCGCUCGCGGCCGCGCCCGCGCCGGCGGCGUCGUUCCGGAGGCGGGACAGGUGGUUCCACCUGCCGCUCCACGCGCCGCCGCCGCCGGCGUCGGCCGAGCAUCUGCCGGAGCCGUCCCCCGGGGAGCCGCUCGUGGUGGAUGUCUACCUGACCCCGUCGGGCGGCGGUGGGGGAGCUGAGGCGGUGGUGGAGAGGUGGACGGUGUCGUGCGAGCCGUGGUCGGCCGGGGCGAGGGGCGGCGGCGGCGCCGCCGCCUCCGGGGAGGGGCUCGCCGUGAACCGGGCGUACAAGCGGUGCAUCACGCUGCUGAGGUCGGUGUACACCGCGCUCCGCCUCCUCCCCGCCUACCGCGUCUUCCGCCUGCUGUGCGCAUCCGGCCAGGCGUACAACUACGAGAUGGGCUUCCGCGUCGGUUCCUUCGCCGCGCCCUUCACCCGCGCCGAGGAGGCGGCCAUGAGCACCCGCCGCUUCGCCCCCGUCGAGACCCAGCUCGGUCGCCUCGUCGUCUCCGUUCAGUACCUCCCCUCCCUCGCCGCCUUCAACCUCGAGAUCUGCUCCCUCGCGCCCGCCAUGCUCAUCACCGAUUACGUCGGAAGCCCGGCAGCUGAUCCCAUGCGUGCCUUCCCGGCGUCGCUCACGGAGGCCGCCAGCUCAGCGCCGGCCUUCCCGCCGCGGCGCCCGAACAGCUGGGCGCCGUCACCUGCUCCCUGGCCGUAUACGCCCGGGCAGCAGGCGAAAUUCUCGCCGCCACCGGCAUUGUACGCGUCUCCCACGCCGUCUCCUCCCACGUUUGCGGGUGGCUACCUGCAAUCGCGGCUGAGCGGGGAGACUGCGCCGAUGAUCAUACCGGGUGGUGGGAGAGGCCCCGUUCACAAUCGGAACAUGUCGGAUCCCGUCAGGGGGUUCAUGCUACCUCCACCUUCACCGAAGAACAUCAGAGGCGACUCUGGGGGGCAUGAGACACCGAUGGAGACAGGCCGGACAGGGAUCCGGAUGGCUGAUCUCUACACUAAUUUGCCUUCUGUUCCUAAGAUUAAGAUUAAGGAUAGUAGGGAUGAAUCUGGCAGAUUCUCAGGUGUUUUUUCCUCUAGUGGUUCCCCACGGCUUGGGUUUUCAAGAAGUUCAAGCAGAUUGUCAAUGCAGGAUGAUACUGAUGAUUUAGAUUUUCCUUUUGCGGUGGAUGAUGUUGAUACACCUGAUUCCCGACCAGGGAGCAGUGGUGGAAAGGAUGUGGGGGAUCAAGCGAGCUCAUCAUCCCAUAAAUCACAGGAUGCUGCUGUGGGUUAUCUUGUCCACAUGCUGAAGUCUGCGCGGCCGCUGCGAGACUCUAGCAAUUCACCUCUUACAUCAAGGGUUGAAUCUGUUGAAGGAGGUAAUGUCAGUUCUUUCAUGUCCCGUAGGACAUCUGAUGCGCUCGAGGAGCUUGAAUCUUUUAAAGAAAUAAAGGAGAACCUGCUUGCCCGUAGUAGAUCAAGGAUGCAAGAGUCAUUGGAUAAAUCCUUGCGCCAUUCUUAACAUAGCUGGUGAAGUAUCCCAACCAUUUAAGGAGGUUGUGUGGUAAGAGAUGUUCUUACCGCGGGCAUCUCCAUGUGUAUAACUGUCAACCGGCGCUUGUUAUGAAAUGAGGAUAUACAAGUCGUUCAUUCUUAAACUCAAGCAGGAUCAUGAUCCACCUUUGUUCAUAGUGUUUUGUAUGCAAGCAAAACCAACCGGAUACAUGCAUCCUGCUGGAAGUAUAUGAUGAUCACCGUGUGCGUACGUGUGGGAUUAUGUAAUCAUACUAAACCUGUUUAUUUAUUCUAUUUUAGCUCUUACCUUACUGCUCUUAAUAUACCAAACUGUUUGUUUAUUGUUACAAAUUUUUUAAGUCUUGAGCUCUUUUUUUUUUCUGCACUUGUAAA